AUGAACCGAUUCGCAGUAGACGCAGAUAGUGAUGGAGGUUGGGUUACUAGGACCUUUGAUGGCAAGCGUGCUAAAGAUAAGGAAUUAAGAGAAUGGGUAUUUGGCUAUGGAGGCCUGCUUGAGAUGUUGACUGUUGGGACAUGGGAUAAAGUGCUGCGAUAUUCAACUCCGCUAUUUCAAAUGGCAGAAGGCUUUUGCUCUCUUUUGGUCAUCCAGGCAGCGGGACAGAUUACAAGAUACCUCGUAAAUCGCAGAAGUGAUACAUGGAUGAUUGGGUUACUUGUUCUAUCAGCCUCAAUCAUCUCAAGCGCUGUAUAUUUCUUACUCCGCAUUACGGGCUUUCCACAGAUCAGCAACGUUGAUGCCACUAUGAUAGGCAUUACUAUGACUUGCUCGGUCUUUUUGUGUGCAUGGGGUAUUGGAAGUGGCAGAGGCAAUCCAGUGGAGAGCUCGUUACUCUUUGCUUAUUGCACACUAUGCAUAUACCAAAUAUUCACAGACUACCUUCCAUCAGCCACGGAUCAAGUUCCUCAAGCACUGGUACAACCUGACUUUCCACCAUUCCCUCCUAUUAUCAUGGCUUCGUACUCGACUCUUUUGCAUGUUUUAUCAACAUUGCCAUCUUUCGUACAUUCGAGCUUUUACUUCCUAUACGCAGCUUUCCAGACAAUCACUCCAUCGAUCCUUAUAUCUCUUGCAUACCGAGUCUUUGUUUUCUAUGCAGCAACCCGAAUUAUUCCAGCAAUCCGAGAGUCUGGAGCUGGAGCUUUAUCCCAAGAUCCAAGUCUUGACGACAGUGACGGAGAGGGUAAAAUCUUAGGGCUACUAAGCUGGUUUAGUCCCUCUAUUUUGAUAGCUGUUUAUACUAGCUUGUUGAUGCAACAUUUCUCUUCUGUCACUUCUGAGGGCAAUGCAGGUGAAUGGUGGAUGAUGCAGGGAGGUAAUACUGGUGGUAAUAUCUGGCGAUGGAUUAAUGUGUCGGCAACAAUGGCUCUUUACGCUUUGGAGCUAUACUUAGGAAAGGAAGAUAUGGAUGGAUCCCUCACCGGACAUUGGAAAAUUGAUUGA